AUGAAGACCUCCGACCGCAAAGACAGCGAAAGUACACAGCACAUACACACACCACCUUACUUUGAUACCGAGGAGGACACAACAGACAUACAUGCACAUGUGCACCAUAUAAAUGACAACACCGACACACAUGCACAUGUGCAUCAGAACGAACGUAGCAUGAGCCAUCAUGACACCAUAGAUAUGGGCAGCGACACCGUGCACGCGAAGCUGCUGACAAACGUAUCCAGCACACGCUUGAGCUUAGGUGUGAACAGGGAUGACAUUGAAAUGGCAGUACAUGGAGAGGCUGAAGUCAUGAGUGGAGGUGGGAGGUCAAGUGUAGGUGCACUCCGGGAACAGAGGUUCGAGGAGACUAUACUUGGUGCAGAUGAGCGCGUACACCGGCCCUACACCGCAAUGAGGGGGGACAGGGUGUCGGGAGCACCUAUUAUUGGAGGGCCAGACCACGAGGUAGACAGGGGCAAUGGGAUGGAAAGCGAAUGCGGGCGACAUAUGGAGAGUCAGUGUGAGCUAGUAGGUGACUCUGGUGACAGAAGCUCAGCGCGAAAGAGGAAUCAGGAGAGAGUAGACAGUGGGGCUUCAGAUACUGACGAUGCAGGUACAGAGAGUGUGACGCACAAGAAGGUCGUGCGCAGAAAGCUGCACAGUUGUCGUGGAGCAGAGGCUAUUGAAUGUCAUAGAGAGAAUAUUUUAGUGCAUAGAGGCUUUCUCAGGGCGUUCCAAGCCAUUCGGGACGAGGUUGUGGCAGUGAUUCGCGAACAAAUGAAUCGGCACAUUCAAGAGGUCGAACCCAAUGAGCAGCACCCAGAAUCUGACAAUGGGACCGGAAGUGCACCUUAUAGUGGACCAGGGGACCGUACAGAUAAUCGCACCACACCCAACAACACUGAGGCCAAACACACACCACUCAGUAUAUUUAUAACCGGCCAUAGCCUGGGGGGUGCCUUAGCCACGCUGUGUGCGUAUGAGCUUGGCCUGCGUUUUGACACCUCGCAGUUGGGGCUCACUGUGUACACAUUCGGCAGCCCGAGAGUGGGUAAUAAGCCGUUUACGCAAAAGUUCAACCGAAUGAUUUCUCACUGCCACCGCUUGGUGAAUGAUGGAGAUAUAGUCACAGGUAGGGUUUUAGGGUUUGGCGUUUCUGCACAGGUAGGUAGCGUAUGGGAGAUAUAG